AUGCUCGGGGCAGAGGUCAAGGAAGCCUCCAGCGCCUGGGGGCGUGCUCGCGAUGAGCGCGUCCCGACGGGCACGGCAUACAACGAUGCACGCAACUGCGCGGUCAGAGGCCCUGCUGUUGCCCGCUACAGCGCACCCCAUACCCCCCCUUCCUCGAUGCCAAGAUCCCGCGGCGUCUCGCGGACUUCUGGAGAGGCUGACGACAGCGACUCCCGGUCUACCUUUGGGGAGAAAGAGGCGCCUAGACUUCCGGCUGGACGCGCCUCCGCGGCGGCGUCUCACCGCCUCUCGUUUGUGGAAGACCGCGAACGAAGAUACUCGCGCAAGGCUUCGAGCGAAGGGAUGCAGGCUGCAAAUUACAGCUCAGAGCGGCAUGCGGACGCGCCGCAUAUCACUGACCUCCACCCACGUUCUGCGAGCCACCUCCCAAAAAGGGGAAACGUCGGCGGCACAAUGGAGACAGCUCCGGCUUUCCCUGCGCCUGGCGAGGCGUCCACAGCGCCGUCCCAGGGGGCUGACAGAAACGGCGCCGCGAGGCGCCUCCAAAUGCAGCGCGGGCGCGACCCUUUGGCGUUGAUAUCGGGGAGCGCCGGCGGCCCUUCUCGCGCCGGACGAGAGGGCGUCGGCGGCAUUUCGGGGAGAACAGAGUCUUUGGAGGACUCGGAAUUCUGGGGCGUGGGGGGCGCGAGCUUGCCUGCCGCCCUCCAGCAGGUCGCCGGAACCGACAGCCCGCGGACAUCGUCGAGCUGCGAAGCGUCAAAAGGCGGCCUGGCGUGGCGAGCUUCAAGCGAGAAGGCGCCCCGGUGGGCGCCAGUCGUGGGUGUGUGUCUGUUUGGGCUGACCUGCGUGGCUGGGGCGACCUACGGCAGCCUGUCAUGCUACUUGGCGUCUUACUUGCGGCAAAUCGGUCUGCAGGAUGUGGGGUUCCAAGAGAUUCUGGUUCUUCUCUCUGUUCAGGGGGCGCUUCAAGCGCUGGCAGCUCCGCUCUCACUCAAGCUGAUCUCCUUCCUCUCUCUGCCUCUCUCUGCUCUCCUCUCUGGGUGGCUGCUCUCCGGCUCCCUCCUGCUUUCCGCUUUCCUGCUGACACCAAGCACCCUCGUGGGCCACCCCCUCCUGUUCUGUUGCACAUACGCCGUUGGAGGCGGCAUCGGCGCCGGACUUAUGCAUGGAUUGCCGCUCAGAGGCCAACUCUCGCCUGUGUUAGGCGUCGGAGGACGCAGGAUGGGAAGCUGCGCAGCCGGUCUCUUCUUCGUCCUCCGCUGCGUGUCAACUGCCGUCCUGCCUCUCCUGCAUUCAAUCUUUCUCAAUCCCGACGACUUGAGCCCCGCGACCCUGUCAGCGGUGCACCCUCUGGAGACCCCGGCGGGCUAUGCGAGGCCAAACUCGCAAUCGGAGAGGCCCGCUUCCCAAACCAUACUAGGCGAGAGAUCCUGGCGACUCGGGGAGCGAUUUUACCUCCAAGAAGAGAUUCUGGCGCGGGUUCCCCUCAUGCUUAUGGGCACAGGUCUAGCCUUCGCCCUUCUGCAACUCCUGACGUCCGUUCUCAUGAGAGAGAGCAAACACGAUUGGGAAACCUCAUGUCUCCGUGGAGAGUUCAUAGGGUGCGAGGUUGUCGUGGAAGAGCAGUCCUCUCUGGUUACUGCCGGGGCGAUGUGGACCUUCUACGGAGGGACCAGCGCGGAGGCAGGAAGUCCGCGCGCUCCUGCUGGAUCUUUCCACAAGUCGCAUGCGCAAGCAAUAAGGCAAGGCAGCUCAGUUCCUACGGGAAACCCGCUGGACGCGGGGCGAUUUCUCGACCGGUCCUCGCGACUGCCAGGUCGCAUCGACCAGGCUGUCCUCAAGUACACCCUGAUUGCGGCGAUAACUGCCCUACACGGAAUGGCUUCCUGGCGGUUCGUGGGGCAGGAAGACUUUCAAAUAUCUGACCACGAUGUCUCAUACAUAAAUGCAGGCUCAAUAGGACUCCUUCUCUGCUUCUCCUUCUACCUCGCUCCAUUUUUCGCUUUAGAGGACGCGUGCCCUUCUGCGCCUCAGUCGGUGCACAUAGGGGCCGGCAGGACUCUGGCCGCUGGCGGAGGGGUUGGGUCACUCUCCGGGGACGGGUUGAAUUUUUGGCAGUUUAUCAACGGGCACAAUCGCUUCGCGGCGAACGCAUUGUUUCUGGGCUGGCUCUCCGGUGUGCGGAUCCUGGAUGCUUGCACGACAUGGCUGCUAUUCCCUUUUGCGCAAAACGUGCUCGGACUGCCUCCAUCACAGCUUUUGAUAAUGCUUUGCACCUCCAAGGCAGCAGGCGCAGGAGUUCUCGCCUGGCUGGCUUCUUCGUCAGGCUUCUACGCACACAGCGGCAUCGGCGGUCUUUGCCUUGUGGCAGGUGGCUCGCUGGUCCUCGCCGGGUUGGUAGCAGCUGCCUUGCAUGUCUCUCAUCCGAAUGCUCCGAAGACCGGCAGGACUUCUACCCCCUGA